AUGUGGCAGAGGGAUCAGACCUCCCUGGCAGACUUCAUCCUUGAGGGGCUCUUUGAUGACUCCCUCACCCACCUCUUCCUUUUCUCCUCAACCUUAGUGGUCUUCCUUAUUGCAGCCAGUGACAAUACCCUCACCAUUCUCCUCAUCUGUGCUGAUCCCUGGCUCCAUACGCCAAUGUACUUCCUGCUCAGCCAGCUCUCCCUCAUGGACCUGAUGCAUGUCUCCACAAAUACCAACUACCUAUCUGGCAAGAUGUCCAUCUCCUUCAUAGGCUGUGCAACCCAGCACUUCCUCUGUUUGUCUCCGGGUGGUGUUGAGUGUCUCCUCCUAGCUCUCAUGUCCUACGACCACUAUGUUGCCCUCUGUCAUCCACUGCAUUAUACUGUGCUCAUGAACAGAAAGGUGGGAAUGAUGAUGGUUGUCAUGUCAUGGUCGGGGGCAUCCAUGAACUCCCUAAUUCACACCUUGAUCUUGAUGCACUUCCCAUUCUGUGGGCCUCAGAAAAUCCACCACUUCCACUGUGAGUUUCCAGCUGUUGUGAAGUUGGUCUGUGGUGACAUCAGAGUUUAUGAGACCACGGUAUACAUCAGCAGAAUCCUUCUUCUCCUCCUCUCUAUCUUCCUGGUUUCUACAUCCUAUGUCUUUAUCCUCACAGUCAUUCAGAUGUGUUCAGAUGGGAGCAAGAGAAAUGCCUUUGCCACUUGUAGCUCUCACCUCACUGUGGUGUCCCUCUGCUUUGGUGCCUGCAUCUUCUCAUACAUGAGGCCCAGGUCCCAGCACACUCCAUUUCAAGACAAAGCUGGUUCUGUGUUCAAUAGCAUCAUUACUCCCACACUGAAUCCUCUGAAAUCUCUCAGGAAUAAGGAUGUAGCUAAGGCUCUGAGGAGAGUGCUAAGGAGAGAUAUUAUCACCCAAUGA